AUGUGGCAUUUUGGACGCUCAUGGAACAGGAAACCCUGUUAUCCGGACUCGGCCACACAAGAUGGAAAAGGUGGUCACAUUCAAACGGAUGGUACCCCAGCGGAUAUUUUUUUAACUGGUCGUGGUUGUAACGAUCCUGGAGAUUGGAAAGGACCUCGUACUUGGGGAAAUCCUUUUCCAACGUACUACACAACGAAGUAUUGCCCCAAGGACAAUAGCUGGAGAAUAACCUACAUACCUCUCUUUUUCUGCAUUGAUAAUCUUUGUAUACAGGAUGCCGGUCAUAUGAGUGAUUGGGAAUGGGUAUCAGUGGUUUGGUGGCAAGACGCAGGUACGGACAACUGGUAUCGCGGGCAUGCCAUGUUUACAACAAAGAACACAAGACUAAACACUCUUGGAGCGGAUGCUGAUGAGUUUCGCUCGGAUGAUUGGAGACUUUUUCCUUGGGACGAUGUCAUGCAGAAUGGCCUUGAUAUUCCUGAUGGUAAUCAAGAAGCUACAACAUUGAACUCACUAAUUCCACUAGCAUUUCUGAUUUAUUCGACUGUUAGUGACAGACAUACUAUCGUAGUUGAUCUUAGUGAUGAAAAGAAUACUAAUAAAAGUUAA